UUUAGAUUACAAAAGAGCCAAAAUUUAACAAAGUCAAUAUUAGAACAGCAAAAACAAGAAAAAACUCAAAUUUGUAACAAAAUAAUUAAUCCUAUCCACAUACAAAUAGGCGAUCUGGUUUAUCUAAAAAAUGAAAAUAGGAGAAAACUAGAUUCAUUUUAUCAAGGUCCAUUUAGAAUCACACAAAUCAGAGAUCCGAAUUGCGAAUUAGAAGAACCUAUAACAAAAAAGAAAACAAUAGUGCACAAAAAUAGAAUAAUCAAAUAAACCACCGAGCCUAGCAUCAACAAUGCAGGUAAAUUUUUCCCAGCAAUAGACUGCGGAAGUGAAAAAUUCGGAUACAAAACAACAUACACAUACACAUACACAUACACAAUGUAACAAAACACAAUGUAACAAAACACAAUGUAACAAAACACAAUGUAACAAAACACAAUGUAACAAAACACAAUGUAACAAAGCAAACACACAACAACAAAAAUUCAUAAAUAUAUCAAAAAAAUUGUAAAUGGCUACUGGAGAAUGGCAAAGAAUAAUUUUACUUCAUAAAACUAUUCUUUUAAAGGGGGAAGGUGUAAUAGUCUGAACACCACUGCAUUCCCAACAUACCCAUUCACACUUAAUUUCCAUUUUUAUUACCAUGCCCGGACCUCGCACAACAAGACCAGGUUUUGUCUUUCAAAACACAAACCCUGCCUGGCUGUAGAGCCCACACACAGUUAGAACCACUUGGCGCAAGCAUAAUUGCUGAUGCUUGCGUAUAGCCUUUUUUCGAACCAUAAUUCGGUUCAUCGACAAUUGGCCGGGACGCUGACUCCUGCUGAGCCAGCGCAAAGGUUCAACCCAGUACAAGCCAACUCCAGAAGUCUAUACUGUAGCACGUAAGUGUCACCACUCAAAUUACAUGUGAUGCAACAAAUUUGACUAGUAUAAAUACCCGAGUUCAAAUAAACAAAAAUCAGUCUUUUCGGCUGGAACAUCAAGGCGACUUGUCUACUUUAUUUCGAGCUCCGAGCUGGUUACUGCUCCUCGCAGUCUACCACACCUUGGAUAGCUCUUAAUGCAAAGAAAGUCCCUGCAGGUUUCCCCGCGGUUCUUACGCCUCGUAGUGCCGAACAUUUGAGUUAUUAUACUAGCCCCACGCACUCAUCAUUGUCGGCUGUUCCUGACCGUCUUCUCCGACUCCGCGGCAACAACGGGGCGACUUAAGGUGCAAAGUGCAUGAAUGCACCGGAGUGUACGUAACGUGGCAGGACUCACCCACCGCGGCGUGCAUCAACUGCGUCGAAACGGUUCACUUUGUCGACGAGUUCCGGAACCUGUGCAGACAGUCCAAUUGAAGUUUUGAUCGGGCGACGUUUGGUUUGGUCCGGCACGAUGGAAGAGCUUCUCGUAUCAUUUUAGGAAGUUGCUGGAACCGCAGCAGGAGGAGGAUGUUGGCGUAAGUCGUAAGUCGUUACUUGCCGGAGACGGUGUUUGUGAAGGGUCAACAAGGAGCGGCCGAGGCUUAGUUCGAGUGGGAGGACGUGGAAGAGAUGGUGGCCAUUAAUCAGGAGGUUGGCAGCGAUGACGAGGAUGAUGUUGAAGAGGCAUGGAGGAGGGAUUCGAUGAUAAUGGUGCUCCGCGACAGAAAAGAACACGAGUCAACUGAGAGUUGGAUUCACUUAUGCUGGCCAAAGCAAUUCAUAGACGUUCGGUGCUGAGGAAUGCAAAUCAGGAUGGUCACUGGCAGUCGUACCAGCGAGAUCGUGCUUGCCAUAGAAACUUGCCACGGAACUGAACAAGGACAAACUGAAGAAAAUGAGGUGCAGCUUGAUCGACAUUUCUAGCAUUCGCCGGCGGAGCAAAUUUGGCUACUUCUAUAAAAUGUGGAUCAAAAAUUCCCGACCAGCUCAGGCAACCGGGUCCACUCCACCACCGCAAACAUCUGCCCGAAGAAGUGGAACCACUUCCCGCCAACAAUCGCAUGCAGCUCACCCAGCUGGUCCACGACCGGAAGUCAACUGGAACCGGUCCCAUCCGAACCACUCCGUUCUGGCCAAACGGGAUGAAGCGUUCGACGAGGUGACCCGCGAGCUGGGCAUGUCGAUGCCGGAGUUGAAGCACCACAGGCGUACGCAUGGCGGCAAAAUGGCCACCAAAAUCAACAACACGAUCGCGGCCAUCAUCUCGAACCCGGUAGAGGUUGAAAGGAUGGGCAGUCGCAUGCAGGAGGUCAAAGAUAAGUAGACCCAGGUCGAGCCGGAAGAUUACAUCGAAGAUGGUAAGGCCGGCGGCGUGAUUUCAUGCAUUACAAGCAAGUCCAUCUGCAAUUGGGGCUGUGAUCCGCAUAGCCGAAUCCCACAGGACGAAGUUAAAUCCAAAUCGAAGAAGAGCAUCCACCAAAUCCGUCUCGUCGAAAGUGACGCUGAAGGGGCGGUCCGCGGUCUAUCCAGACUCCGAGCUGGUCGAAGUCGCGCACGUCUAAAAGCGGGACAAGAAGUAACAACUGUUGUACUCUUAUUGCAGUCGAAAAUUAAAUCAAUUUAUUUAUAUUAUUGUAAUAAAGAAAUCCUCAUUUAAUUCUUUCAACAAGUGUCAACAAGUUUAUCUCAAAAAUCACCGUUUAAUUUAAAAUUAUUCAAAUUUUCAUUCAAUGCCGUAUACUAUCCAAAAGAAACGAGAGCGUUGUGACGUCAUCACUUGAAGCAUCGCAAAUGUUGACACUUUUUUGCUUACUAAUACUAAACCAACACGUUUUCAGCCCAACCUUUCUUACAGUAACCUUGCUAUUAAAGACCAUAUCUGAUCACUUUUUAUCAUUGUAAAUAAUGCAAAAAAAUUAAUUGACGAGACAACAUUUUUUCGAUGGAUCAACUACAGACUUAAAAAAGACUUAUCACUUCUGGAGUUUAUUUUUGAAAUGGUCCAAUAAACCAAAUUUUCAGUUUUUGCUUUUUGGGUGUUUUGUAAUUUUGCUGACUCAAGGCGGUUUCAAAAACACCCAAAAAGCAAAAAAUGGAAAUUCGGUUUAUUGGACCUAUUCAAAAAAAAAACUCCAGACUUCGAGGAAUUUUUUUGUCAAAAAAAAUAUUUAUAUUUAAUUAUGACUCAUGCGCUGUGAACUGAGUGAACCACGAUGAACCGCAUCGGCUUGCCCCCCGUAUGACAAAUUGGCUUGGCAGCACUUCUUUUCUCAAUUCCGUUUUGCGCUGAUUUGCGCGCGCGUUCGCGUCAGGUUUGUUUUUGUUUUGAAAACCUCAAAAAAAAAUUAUGCAAAUUAAAAAGCAAAUAUAAUAUGUACGUUGGCGAAUAUUCCCUUCCUCCCUAGGAAUGUGGCGUUGUGGCCGUAAAGGAUUGAACAUUAUGCUGAAAAAUACAGGUAAGUACCUAUUUUUUCAAGUGAAGAUUCAUAAAUUUGCUGAUGAUGUUUCUUUGUGAUUUUCUCACAGGUUACGAGAAAAAAAACGAUGGGAACCUGCCGGGACGAGCGGAAGUGAAAUCAUCCGGGGACUUCAGAAAGCCAAGGGUGUCUCCCGCCUAGUUUACAUAAUUUCCGUCGUGCCACACGAAGCGAAACCAAUUUUGCUUCCAAAAUUGAAGGCCAAGUUGAUCUGGACCGCGAGUGGAAUCGCCGUCGCCGCAGUCAUGUGCAAGCCGCACUGGUUAUGACCCGACGUCGAUGUGCGCUAUCCGAGCCCGGGUGGAGCAGCUGAAGCUGCUUGUCGGAAGAUUAUCUGGACUAUUUUUUCGGAAUUUAUACGACGCCCUGUCGGGACAAAAGAGCUCGAGCGCGGAGGAAGCGGUUCAUUAUUCGGGAAAGUCGCACACCAAGUGCAUCGGGAGAUCGAUUGAGACGCGACCGGAUUUUUUUUUGAAUCGCCAUUUGUCAGAUUUGCUGGCUUACGGAUGUACGUGGCUGGAGAUUCAGUAGGUUGGCCCGGGAACGAACCGAGGCAACACGGUUAAGGUGACGUAUUUUAGAUAGGCAAGAUCGGCUGGUUUAAGGUGGUUUCGCAUAUGAUACCAGAUUUGCCGAAUGUGAACAUAAAGCGAAAUGUUGAGCAGUUUAUCGUGUUCUUUGAGAAUCCGGAACUUCGCGCCGACGGGUUGAAGAUCUACAAGACGUUGGUAUGUGGUGGUGCUGAACUGUACGAGUUGUGGAAAACUGGACGGUACAAGAGUAGCUCGUUUACGAAUCGGUUGUGCCGUAGAAUGUGCGCGAUCCGACCAUGUUCCAACACCAGAGUUUUGGGAUGAUGCUGAUCAAUAAAAUGUGAAAAAAGUGCUUUUGGUUGUUUCUUUUUAUUUUACGGCACAAAAAAUCGGAGAAUUGGAUUGUGAGACAUGUUUAUUUUUCCAAAUCGCUUUCCGGUAGACCGGUCGAUCGUACAGGUUGGCAAUGCACCGGAUC